AGUCAAAGCCGUUGGCCGUUUUCUUCCAUUUCGUACCUUCGCAUUGGAGUACGUUCAUUUAUCAGAGUACCCUUCCUUGCUGUGUCCACUCGGAUCCUUUACUCUCUUACAGUCAUGAUGCGGUCUCUGUAGCUUCGUAAAAUUCGUAAAUAUCACCCACCACAUACGGACUCCCUUCCUUUUACUGCAAUGAGCUUCGACAUUCGCCUCCUGCUUGGACGUACAUAUUAGGACCACUGCCCAUCUCCUAGACGAUACACCUUCUCAGGCUCUUCCAACUCUCAGAACUCGCCUUCUUCUUCGUCUCCUCAAUGAGACAGACUGAGACUGCUCCCAUAUCGGAUCAACCUCAUCUCUAGCAGGCCUGAAAACAAAAACCACAGUCAAACUUCACGGCCUACCCAAGUGAAUCAACAUGCUCGACACCGACGACAAGGUGUCGCCUCCCCCGGCAGACCCUAUCCUCGAAAAGGGUAACAAAAACAAGCCGGAAGAGCAGGGGAAGACAGAGACGGAGACAGGGACAGGGACAGGGACAGAGGCAGGGACAGAGGCAGGGACAGAGACAACCUCCAACUCCAAGACGCGACCCGAGCGUGAACCGGCCAUCAAGGACUACAUCCGCAUCUUCUCCUAUGGCAACAGAUGGGAUUUACUCAUGGGUAUCCUCGCCUGCCUGGCCGCCAUCGGCUCCGGCACCACCCUGCCCCUGAUGAACGUCAUCUUCGGUCAGCUCGUCGGCCAGUUCACAGGCUACUUCAUGGAACCGCCCACCCUCUCCCGCCCGGACUUCGAGAGCCUCCUCGACAGGCAGGCGCUCUACAUCCUGGCUCUCUUCCUCGGCCGCUUCGCCCUCACCAUCGUCCACAAGUUCUGCUUCCGUAUGAUCGGCAUCCGCCUGUCGUCCGCCAUCCGCCUGCACUACCUCAAGUGCCUCUUCGGCCAGUCCAUCCACGUCCUUGACUCGAUGCCCUCGGGCAGCGCCGCCUCCACCAUCACCUCCACCGCCAACACCCUGCAGCUGGGCAUCUCCGAGAAGCUGGGCACCUUCAUGGAGUACAACGGCACCAUCUGGGCCGCCAUCAUCGUCGCCUUCACCUGGAGCUGGGACCUGACCCUCGUCACCGCCUCUGUCAUCCUCUUCAUCCUCAUCGUCAUCUCCGUCCUGCUUCCCUUUAUUAUUAAGUUCCAUGCCGAGACCACCAAGGCCGAUGCCAAGGCCACCUCUGUCGCCAGCGAGGCCUUUGGCAGUAUUCGCAUGUUGGCCGCCUGUGGAGCCGAGGACCGCGCCGCCGCCCGCUUCAAUCGAUGGGUGGUUGAAGCUCGCAAGAAGGGUCAGAUGACUGCUCCUUUGUUCGCUUUGCAGAUGGGUCUCGUCUUCUUCGGUCUCUUUGGCGCCUUUGGUCUUACCUUCUGGUACGGCAUUCGCCGCUUUUCCGACGGAGCAUUCACCAACCCCGGUGUCAUCAUCGUCGUCCUCAUGUCCGUCAUGAUGAUCGUCAUCUCCCUCGAACGCAUCUCUACGCCUCUGAUCGCCGUCAGCAAGGCCAUGGUUGCCGCCUGCGAGUUCUUCACUGUCAUCGACGCCCCUCAGCCCAAAACCGGAUCUCUCAAGGACCCCGACGUCUCUGCCACCGAAGAUAUCGUCUUCGCCGACGUCACCUUCGCCUACCCCAGCCGGCCCCAUGUCAAGGUCUUGGACGGCCUGAACUUGACCAUCGAGGCCGGCAAGAACACCGCCAUCGUCGGGCCCUCGGGUUCCGGUAAGAGCACCAUCGUCGGUCUUAUCCAGAGGUGGUACAAUCUCCAGGAACAGCACGUCAUCGCCAAGGCUGUCGAGAAGGACAAGAUGAAGGAGGCUCAGAAGAAGAAGAACAAGAAGAAGGGCAUUGUCGAUCCGGAUGAUGAUGAUGAUGAUGAGUCUCGACCCGGGCCCGAAGAAACGGGUCCCGCUGUCAAGCUGAAGGGUUCCAUCACAACAUCUAGCCGGUCCCUCGAUGAACUUGACCUCAAAUGGUGGCGAUCUCAGAUUGGCCUCGUCCAACAGGAGCCGUUUCUUUUUAACGAUACCAUUUUCAAGAAUGUCGCCUAUGGUCUCAUCGGUUCGCCCUGGGAGAACGAGACCGAGGAGAAGAAGAGGGCGUUGGUGAUGGAGGCUUGUCGAGAAUCCUUCGCUGACGAGUUCAUCGAUCGCCUGCCCGAUGGAUACGAUACCAGAGUCGGUGAUAGUGGCGCUAAGCUCUCCGGUGGCCAGCGCCAGCGGAUUGCCAUCGCCCGGAGCAUCGUGAGGAAACCCAAGAUUGUGAUUCUCGACGAGGCCACCAGCGCCAUCGACGUCCGUGGCGAGAAGAUCGUGCAAGCCGCCCUCGACAGGGUAGCCCAGAACCGGACGACCAUCACCAUCGCCCACCGCCUCUCCACCAUCAAGAAAGCCGACCGUAUCGUCGUGCUGAAGAAGGGCAAGGUCAUGGAACAGGGUACCCAUGAAACCCUCCUGGAGGACGAGAGUGGCCUCUACUAUGGUUUGGUCUAUGCGCAGAAGCUAUCCCUGGGGGAUGCUACCGAGGCGGACAUCGACGAGAAGGAGGGGCAGGAGGAGGACCUCGAGCCCGUGCUCAAGCGGGAGAAGAGCGCGGCGCAGUCGUUGGCCGACGGGCCCCAGGUGAAGGGCAACGACGACGCGAAGCGGAACAUCUUUGACAGCUUCGGCCGGCUGCUCCGUGAGCGGAAGAGCAAGUGGCCCUUCUACGUGGCCACCACCUUCGCCUCCAUGUGCGCUGCGACCGGCACGCCGCUUCAGGCAUGGCUGUUCGCCCAGCUCCUCAACGUCUUCUACCUGCAAGGAAACGAACUCAGGAGAGAGGGCGACUUCUGGUCCCUCAUGUUUACGGUGCUGGCCAUCGGUGUUGGGCUGUCCUACUUCUUCAACUGCUACAUCGCCACUCAUCUGCAGUUCUACAUCAGCUCCGUGUACAAGCAACAGUACUUCGCCGCCAUGUUGUUCCAGAAGACGUCCUUCUUUGACCUCGAGGAGAAUUCCCACGGCACGUUGACCUCCCGCGUCGCCGGCGACCCGAAACAGCUCGAGGAACUCCUGGGCAUCAACAUGGCCUUCCUGCUUGUCGGCAUCUUCAACCUCAUCGGCUGCCUGGCGAUCGCCUUCGCCUUCGGCUGGAAACUGGCCCUGGUCGCCAUGUGCGUCACCAUGCCCAUGGGCAUCUUCUCGGCCUACUGGAGAAUGAGGUACGAGAUCCAGUUCGACCAGAUGAACGCCGCCGUCUUCGCCGAGAGCUCAAAGUUCGCCGCCGAGGCCAUCGGCGCGUUCCGGACCGUCUCGGCCCUGACCAUGGAAGACGUCAUCAGCUCGCGGUACGACACGCUCCUGGAGAACCUCGUGGGCACGGCGAACAAGAAGGCGCGGUGGGCCUCCAUCGUCAUCGCUUUCGCCGAGAGCGUCAGCCUCGGCUGCCAGGGCCUCAUCUUCUGGUACGGCGGACGCCUGCUGGCCAGCCGGGAAUACCAGACCGAGAACUUCUUCGUCUGCUUCAUGGCCGUGAUCCAGGGCGCCGAGGCGACAGGCCAGUCGCUGAGCUUCGGGCCCAACGCGGCGCAGGCCACGGCGGCGUCCAACCGCAUCAUCGACAUGCGCGACUCGAAGAACACGGACCGCGUCGACAAGGACGAGCAGAUCCCGGACACCGAAGGCGGCGUCAAGAUCGAGCUGCGCGACGCCCACUUCAAGUACCCGACGCGCAAUGUCUCCGUGUUCAAGGGUCUCAACCUGACCAUCGAGAAGGGCCAGUUCGCCGCCCUGGUGGGGCCGUCGGGCUGCGGCAAGACGAGCAUCGUCUCGCUGCUCGAGCGCUUCUACGACCUCCAGCAGGGCGCCAUCCUCUGCAACGACAAGAACAUCUACGACCUCAACGUCUACGAGUACCGCAAGAACCUCUCCCUGGUGGCGCAGGAGCCCAACAUGUUCCAGGGCACGGUUCGCGAGAACGUCCUGCUGGGCGUCGACCCGGACACGGUCACUGAGGACCAGCUCGUCCAGGCCUGCCGCGACGCCUCGAUCCACGACUUCAUCGCCUCCCUGCCCGACGGCUACAACACCGACAUUGGGUCCCGCGGCGUCUCCCUCUCCGGCGGCCAGAAGCAGCGCCUCGCCAUCGCCCGCGCCCUCAUCCGGAACCCGCGUAUCCUGCUCCUCGACGAGGCCACCAGCUCCCUCGACUCCGAGUCGGAGAAGCUCGUCCAGGCCGCCUUUGAGCGCGCCGGAAAGGGCCGUACCAUGGUCGUCGUGGCGCACCGUCUCGCCACUGUCCAAAACGCCGACAUUAUCUUUGUUCUGGGCGAGGGAAAAGUCCUCGAGAAAGGGAAUCAUGCGGACUUGCUGAAGAAAAGGGGUAUAUAUUGGCACAUGUGCCAAAGCCAAGCGUUGGACAAGUAAUCUUCCCAUUCUACUCUCAUCGAGUUCUUUUUUCUUUUCUUUUCUUUUUCGUGCUUUGCCUAGCAAGUUGGGUCGAAUAGACGGCCCUUCAUGUGCUUGUCUGUCUUACUAGAACCCGUUCAUACCUUACCUCAUACCCAUUUGUACGUCCUCAUACCAAAUAAUUCAUUGCUGCGGAACAAGAAUAGCGGUCACAGCCAACUCCCCUUUGUAAUUUAGGAAUCUGGCAUCUAGAGGUCGUGUAUGAAAUGCAUUAACAUAUAUCGUGGCUGGUUCUUAUAUGCUCUUCCCGAAUGUCCAGAAAAGGGAAAAGAAAAUCUUGAAUAUCAAGACUCGCUGCCUC